UCCCUAUGCACACACUCCUUCUCUCUAGAAUAUGUGCUCCAAAUAGCAACUGAACGUCAGAAUUUACCCUCAGAGGAGGAAUUCAACGAAGCAGCCGAUGCAAUAUUUCGAUUGCAAGAUACCUACGAGCUGAUUCCGUUGGAAAUGUCCAUAGGGAUAUUAAAUGGAGUGCACUAUGAUGAUGUCAGUUUAUCUGCGAUAGAUUGUUUCUCCAUUGGAUAUCGGUUGCAUGGAAACGGUCAGCAUGAGGUAGCAACAAUGUGGUUUCAAGCGGCAUUGACUGCAUUCAACGAAGGAAAUUCAAUGUAUGAAGUAUUGGAUUUUGAUAUGGGCAAAAUUUUAUACUUCUAUGCCCAGGCUUUGGCUAAACAAGAUAAACUUAAAGCGGCAAUACCACUUCUCGAUCAUAUGAUCCAACUUGAUCCAAGUGAUGCAAUUACAAUUAAACAACGAGAAAUGUGGCAAAUGGAAAUAAAAGCUAAGGAAAAUUUCCCAGAAAUACUGCCAGAAGUAAAACCAGAAGACAUUGGAAAACGAAGAUACAAAUGGGGCUGCCAAGGUAGAUUCCCCGAACGAGUUGCCAAUCUGCAUUGUAUCUACAAUACAACCACGGAUCCUUUUCUUAAACUUGCUCCCUUGAAAAUGGAACAAAUCAGUUUAAAUCCAUAUGUUGUUCUUUACCAUGAUGUUUUAUCAGAUUUUGAAAUUGAAGUCCUUCAAACAAUGGCUAAACCAAAUUUGCAACGAGCUACAGUAUACAGUGAAAGUGAAAAACGAUCAGUUCCAGUUUCAUCGCGAACAAGUAAAUUUGCUUGGUUUUCUGACAAUGCAAAUAAUGUUACUCAAAGAAUAAGCCAGAGAUUGGCAGAUAUGACUGGUUUUGGUAUGACAACUAGUGAGCAGCUUCAAACUAUGAAUUAUGGCAUUGGAGGGCACUAUGAUACUCAUUAUGACUUUUUUAAUAUUUCAAUGACCAACGAAGUUGUUAAAUAUGUUGGAGAUCGUAUAGCUACUGCCAUGUUUUAUUUGAGUGAUGUGAAACAAGGAGGUGCUACAGUAUUUCCCAAUGUUGAACUUGCUGUCUAUCCAAAGAAAGGUGCAUGCAUCUUUUGGCAUAAUUUGAAUACAAGAGGAGAAGGUGAUUCGAAUACAUUACACGCCGCAUGUCCUGUCAUAGUUGGUUCCAAGUGGGUUUGUAACAAGUGGAUACGUGAGAAGGAACAAAUUUUUAGAAGACCUUGUAUACGCAAUCAAGAAGACAAUGCAGAAGAUCCCGAAGAGUAUUUUAAGAACCCAAUUAACACUUAUUUGAUGAUGAAGCGUCUGUCGUUGGAUUGGGAGAAGAUGAGGAAUUUCAUGGAUUAUGAAAGUGGAGCAAAUGUUCUUAAAAAUAUCGAUAUAGUCAAAGACAAUUACACUCCAUCGGGACAAGAUGACUACGAAGGAGCUAUAGAAGGUAUAUUGCGUCUACAGCAUAUUUAUCGAUUGAAUACCAAGGAUAUAGCACAAGGAGUCUUAGGUGGCAUUAAAUACAACAAAAUCUUGUUUGAUUUAUUGAUACGGCCUAUAGAGGAUUUUAAGGGUGCAGCGGAAAUUACUCACAAAUUGAGGGAUUGCUUUCCAAAUGACAUAAGGGUAUUGGAGUUACACAAGAAUUUCACACAACAUCAAUUAACUGAGAAAUCGAAGGAUAUUGAGGAUGAACAUGAGCCAAUACCUCAUGUUUUGAACUCAUUGAACAGUUCUAUUGCCUACCGUCUAACAUGCAGCGAACACUUAAAACCCUCUCCAUCUGAUGAAAGUUAUCUCCAAUGUGGUUAUCUCACCGAAACCCAUCCAUUUCUCCUGCUGGCACCUAUUAAAGUCGAAGAAUUAUCAUUGGAUCCGUUGGUUGUUUUAUAUCACGAUGUCAUUUACGAUUCUGAAAUUGAAAAACUUAUCGAAAUGGCUAACAAUAAAAUGACACGUGCCACUGUAACUUCCCAAAAUGGUUCGGUAGUUUCGAAUGUCCGAACCAGUCAGUUUGUAUUUUUCCCCAAAGAAGCUGAUAAAGUCUUUCAAAUAAUUGAUGAAAGAGUUGCCGAUAUGACAAGUUUGAAUAUGGAUGCUGCUGAAGAACAUCAACUUGCGAAUUACGGUAUUGGAGGACAUUACAGUCAACAUUAUGACUUUUUUCCUUUUGGAAAGAGACAUACUGAGGAUAAUCGUAUUGCAACUGUUCUUUUUUAUUUGUCAGAUGUUGAACAAGGAGGUGGAACAGCUUUUCCAUAUAUCAAAAGUCUGGUGAAACCGAAAAAAGGUGCAGCAGUAUUUUGGUUUAACUUGCAUACUUCUGGGGAUGGUGAUGCCCGGACAAUGCAUGGAGCAUGUCCUGUAUUGGUUGGAUCUAAAUGGGUUCUUAAUAGAUGGAUAAAAGAAAGAGGUCAAGAGUUUGCGAGACCAUGUGAUUUGAUAAGCGAUUCGUUGCCGAGUGCUGUUAAGUUUUAGUCAUAGAAUGUAUAAAGAUUCACUAACGAUAAAU